AUGUUCUUGACCAGAAGUGAGUACGAUCGUGGUGUUAACACCUUUUCACCAGAAGGACGUUUGUUUCAAGUGGAAUAUGCUAUCGAAGCCGUGAAAGUAGGUUUCAGUUUUCUUUGCUUUUUAAAUGUCAUACGAAUUCAAAGGUUUAUUUAUUUUGAUGGUGUUUAUUUCAGUUAGGAUCGACUAGUAUUGGUAUUCGCACAAAUGAAGGUGUUAUACUGGUAGCCGAGAAAAGAGCCUCUUCCAAACUUAUGGUAAAUGACGCUGUUGAGAAGGUUUCAAAAGUAGAUGAGCAUAUUGGUAAGCUUGUUUUUCAUAUUUUCUUUAUGUUUAGGUGUCACUUUUGCCGGAUUGAUUGCCGAUUCGCGGACAUUGGUCGAAAGAGCUCAAGUCGAAUCUCAAAACUUUUGGUUCACUUACAACAGAAAGAUUCGUGUAGAAGAUGUGACUCAAUCAGUGGCUAACUUGGCUCUACAGUUUGGUGAUGAUGAUGUUAAGGCCUCGAUGUCAAGACCAUUUGGUGUAGCCAUGUUGUUCGCUGGUGUUGAUCAAACCGGUCCCAAGCUGUACCACUUGGAUCCCUCUGGAACUUUCAUUGACUGUUUGGCCAAAUCCAUUGGAGCUGCUUCGGAUGGAGCUGAACAGAACUUGAAGGAACAUUAUCAUGAAGUAAGUUGUUUUAAGCUUUGUAUAAUUAGAUAAUACUUUUUGUUUUCGAAUCUUUGCAGAAAUACGUACAUUGUAUUAUUUAAAUUACUUAAAUUUACAGCUUUGUAAAACCUUAAAGAAAUAUAUUUUUGUUAAAAAGCUCGUUAUUUUUGUAAUUUUUUCUCACCUAAAUCAACAUUUUUUAGAACCUAACCUUGAGAGAAGCUGAGAAAGUAGCUUUGUCUAUCUUGAAGCAAGUUAUGGAGGAGAAACUGACCAGCUCAAAUGUCGAACUUGUUACCAUCACACCCAUCGAAGACAAGAACGGAAGGCAGAUCGGCAAAUUCGAGCGAUUGAAUAAGGAACAACUGGAAGGACUGGUGGCCGAACUGUAA